CUGCACGGGGAGAAAGAGCACAAGACUCCCAGCGCGCGGAAGAGACAUAAACUUUUGUUGUUUAAUCAUCGGUGAGGUUUUUUGGUGAUGGAUUUCGGUAAGGAGAGGGUGGUCGCGCUGGUGGACAUGGAUUGCUUUUAUGUACAAGUGGAGCAGAGGAUCAAUCCCGAGCUGAAGAACAAACCCUGCGUUGUAGCUCAGUACAAGACGUGGAAAGGAGGAGGUAUUAUUGCAGUGAGUUAUGAAGCCAGGGCUCAUGGGGUCACCAGGAACAUGUGGGCAGAUGAUGCCAAGAAGUUGUGCCCUGAUCUGCAGGUGGCACGGGUCAGAGAGUCACAUGGGAAGGCGGAUCUUACCCAUUAUAGGGAGGCCAGCGUGGAGGUGAUCGAGGUGAUGUCACGCUUUGCUGUCAUUGAGAGAGCGAGUAUUGACGAGGCAUACAUGGACCUCACUGCAAACGUGCAGCAGAGGCUUAAAGAUAUGACCGCCCAGGAGAUUAAACCUGAUCAUCUGAAGAGCACCUACAUUCAAGGCUUUCCACAAAACAAUGAGAAUACAGUGUUAGAUAAAGAAGAACAGCGUGCAAGAGGACUGAAGCAGUGGCUGGACUCUCUGUCUCAGGUGAACGGCGCGGAGCUGCAUUUGGCAGUGGGGGCUCUUUUAGUGGGGGAGAUGAGGGCCGCUGUGGAGAAACACACUGGAUUUCGCUGCUCUGCUGGAAUCUCCCACAAUAAGGUGUUGGCAAAACUCGCAUGUGGUUUGAAUAAACCCAACCGCCAAACAGUUCUGCCACUCGGAUCUGUACCCCAACUGUUCAGCUCACUUCCCAUCUGUAAAAUUCGUAAUCUUGGAGGAAAACUGGGAACGUCUGUUGCUGAAACUCUGGGGGUGGAAAACAUGGGAGAGCUCACUCAGUUCCCCAAAUCCCAACUGGAACUGCACUUUGGAGAAAAGACAGGGCCAUGGCUUUACGACUUGUGCAGAGGAAUAGAGUUUGAGGCUGUAAAACCUCGACAGCUCCCAAAAUCCAUUGGCUGCAGUAAGAACUUUGCAGGAAUAACGUGUUUGGCUACGAAAGAAAAGGUGCAGUAUUGGCUUCAUCAGUUGGCUCUUGAAUUAGAGGAAAGACUGAACAAAGACAGAGAAAUGAACGGAAGAGUGGCCAAACAGCUGACUGUAGGGGUCCGGCAGGCCGGAGAUAAAAGACCCAACAGUUUUUCUCGCUGCUGUGCUCUUGCAAGAUACGAUGCAGCAAAAAUCACUCUGGACAGCUUUGCUCUCAUCAAGAGUCUUAAUACUGCGGGAAAUCACCAGGAAGCGUGGUCACCUGCAUUGACUUGUCUUCAUCUGUCGGCCAGUAAGUUCAGUGAUGCACCAUCAUCCUCAUCAGGAGCAAUAACAAACUUCCUCUCAAGUGAUCCACCUUCAACACAAUCUCUUCGGGCCUCUACACAGACCUCCACCGUACCCAAAACACAACCCGCACCCAAGUCUCCCGGGGUCAUCGAGUCUCUGUUCCACAAAGCGGCUAAAAAGAAAAAAAGCCAAGUAGAGGAAGCUUGUAAAGAUGAGCCUACAUUUUUGGCCCCCACCCCUGUGGAAAACAUAUCCACAUCUACUCCUCACACAAACACAGGUGGUUUGAGUGCUGGUAUCUCAUCUUUCUUCCAAAAAAAGAGCCUGGAGAAAAGCCUUCAGCUCUCUGACGCCAGCACUUCAAUCAAAGAUGACACAAACUCGGGUCAUGUUGAGACAGCUGAACAGAGCUCCUGCAGUGGUACUAGUGACUCUGGCCCAUCAGAUUACCCAUCAUGCACUGCAGACGCCGCUGAAUCCAGUGAGGAUUUUCACACGUGUGAGCGUUGUGGACAGAAGGUGUUGGUCUGGGAUGUACCCGAGCACACAGACUACCAUUUUGCUCUGGAUUUGCAGAAAUCACUCUCUUCCUCAUCUUCCUCGACCUCCGGCGACAGCCACGUUGGAGCCAGAACACCUCAGACGUCCAGAGGGAAAAGCAGAACGAAGAUUCAGAGUGGACCGGUUGCCAAAAGACCAAGAGCUCAAGGAGGAGCUUCCACGCUGGAUUCCUUCUUCAGAAAGAUGAAACCUAAAAAAAUAUUUCUACAACAUCCCUUCACCAGAGGAGUUCGAUGAAGAAACGUACAUGAUUGGUUGACGAAACUGGUUCAGGUCAAAUUCUAUAGUUAGCUUAUUCUGUUUUCUCAUUUAAAUCUUAAAGGACACUGGGUUGAACUCCAGUAGGUGGCAGCAGUGUUGAGUUUUAAAUCUAGUCGCUUGUUUAUUAAGCAUGUUCUAAUUGUUUUGUGUUUGAGACAUGGCAGAGUUUCUUUGCGGUCCAGCAGAUAUAAAUUGUGUGUUGAUCAUAAACAUGGAAGGAAACCGCAUUUAAUACACAUACAAAUUCUUUUAAAUUGUAAAAGAUAUCAAAUCCUUAUGUGAUCUGUUUUUGUGCUUUUUGAUUUUGUGUCCAGUGAUGUAUUCAAAAUUAUUAUUAAGACUUAAUUUGUCAAACAGUUUUACAGUUGCUGCUACCUGAUUGGCUGAAAUUAUAAUUGGAUCAUUCUGAAAUUGAAGAGUUAGAAAUUUUCCUCUUAUGUGACAUUUUUUUAAAAACAUUGAAAGCAAAUGUAUGCAAAUUAAAAGGCAAAUAAUUGGAUGUACACUUCAAAGUAAACGUCUGAUCUGUUUGGUUAUAAACAAUUUCUUUCAUUUUUAGUGUACAUAAAUAUUUCAUUUAAUUAAAUUAAAACUGCUCAGCAGUUUGGUCCAUAUAAUGUUUGUCAAUGUUGUUGCCUAUAAAACUGUCUAUAAGUAUAUUAUUUAUAAUCCAUAAAUGAGUAUUUUAUAACUCUUUUAACUUUAAGUUGGGUAUAUUAGAAGCUUUGCAUGUAACAAAAAUAUUUCUCACAGAAGUUUAAUAAAAAAAAAUAUGACUUC